CUAGUGUCAAAAGGCAAAACCUAACCUAAAAAUUUUUUCUAGCUUUCUAGUUCGAAAUUCAAAAUAAUAUUAUAUAAAAUCGGGAAAACUACAGUUUAUGUUUCUUAGCUGAAAGAGAACUUCACUAAUAAAUUCCUUUUAGGAACAAAAUACUGCAUUAAACUUUGCUCAAUACUUAAUUGGUCAUGCAAGUGUUUCGCAUCUGCCCCCGACUCUUCACACCAGUCCUACAAGCAAGAAGUGCCAGUACAACCAAACAAAACAAUGAAAUAAAUCCUGUAUUUCAAAAUAGAAAUCCCAGAAACUUGGAAAGGAUGAGAAUCGCUUAUAAGCCUGAUGGUUAUCAUGUAGACAAACCAGGCCGAAACUACUGGCACAAGUUAGAUCUCAAAGUCACUGGCAAAUAUGUUACCGCAUCAAUAAACCACUUUGAAAAUGGGGAAGUAUUAAGGGCAAGUACAUCAGAGUGGUGCAUAAAGAAGUAUUUAUACAGCACAAAAGACACAUCAGCAUUUGUAAAUUUAGGCAGGGUUCUUGGCUUUAGGUGCCUUCAAACAGGUAUUACUGAAAUUAGUUGUAAUAUAGAACCACCAAAAAAGGAUGGAAAAAUUGCAUUAUUUUUACAAGCAUUGAAAGAAAGUGGGGUGCAGCUAGAAGAACCUCCACAAUUCUUCUCAGCUUAUCCUUGGGACUUGGAGAGACCAGAAAAACCUUGGGAAGUAGUAGAAUGAAUCUUUAAUAGUUAGGUGUGUUAUCAAUAAUAAUUUAUCCAAAAA